AUGGGUUUGUUAUUAGUGUUGGGAUUUCGCGAUAUUGUAUCAUCUUUACCAAGUCCCACAGCGGCUGAUGAUGAUGAUGACGAGGACGAAACGACACAACAGAGUCACGCAGACGCUGACGACGACGGCAGGGUAUACAAGAACCCCAGGAACUCGCCGUCGGUUGUGUGUCCGCGUGAUGAGGAGCAGGCUACGUUGUUGGGUCAAAAAUGUCUCCGUAAGUGCUCGUCAGACGAGGACUGCAAGAGCAAGAAGAAGAAGUGCCUAUGCGAUGGUGCUUGCGGCAUGUCCUGUAUCAAACCAGGUCAGUGGUACUUCCCCAAGCGGUAUCUUUCACCGCUGGCAAGAACAAAGCCGUUGAUGGUGAAAAAACGCAUUUAUAUCACGAAAAAGCCUUUAUCGGAUUAUCUUGUAAAAUAG